CAUCUGAGGUUGUCAGCCCAGCAGGGGAGGAAGGUGCUCCUGGCAGGGCAAGACAAGGAGAAAACAAACACGGAUCGUUCACCUUCACAUGGAUGAACUGGGUUUCAUCUCUCGGUGGAGAGCCAUAUUUGCCGGUGGACUGGCUGGUGUUGCUGCUGCCCUGGUCACAUAUCCUCUGGAGGUGGUGGAGACCAGGCUCGUCAUUCAGAACUGCAGACAGCCCACGUACAUCGGCGUAGUUCACACUCUCACAAAGAUUUACAGGAAUGAAGGGCUCCUAACUCUCUACAGAGGCUUUUCCCUCACUGUCUUGGGUGCAUUUCCCUUUUCUGUUGGAUGCUAUGCAGUCUACAUGAGCUUGGACAAGCUGUGGCAGGAGCCUCCUUUUCGCUUCACCCCCCUGCAGAACUUCAUUAAUGGCUGCCUUGCAGCAGGAGUGGCUCAAACCCUCUCGUACCCUUUUGAAACAGUGAAAAGGAAGAUGCAGGCGCAGAGUGGCCAGCUUCCCCAUUUUGGUGGAGUUGACGUCCAUUUCAAUGGAAUGACUGACUGUUUCCUACAGGUGGUUAGAAACAAGGGUGUCCUCUCGCUGUGGAAUGGCCUUACCGCCAACACCAUUAAAAUUGUUCCCUACUUUGGCCUUCUUUACACAUGCUUUGAGAUGUGUAAACAAGUUUGCCUUUACCGCAACGGGUACAUUGUCUCACCUCUGAGCUACAAGCUCACACCAGGGGUCGACCAGAGCCUCAGGCCCUCGGAGCUGGAGGAGAUGAAGCGCUACCGGAGAAACAGGAACUUUGGGCCGGGGGAGUCGUCUUUUGGGAACCGCUGGUGAAGUUUCAUGACAAGAUGUGAAAAAUAUUGACUGACCACACUUGAACAGCAAAACGAGUUACUUGCUAUGCUGAAAUAUUUCAGAAUGUUUGAAAUGCACUACACUGCCAAAAGUAUUCACUCACCCAUCCAUUGAAUUCAGGUGUUCCAACCACUUCCAUGGUUACAGGUGUAUAUAA